CCACCCGACCCGAACCUGGGCUACGCUCACUGCACACCUCCCUGGAGCCUUCACACACCACUUCAGGACUUUUUAUCCGGAAAACGGGACAACCGUUACGACUUGCGGGCUGGAUUAAAUAAUAAACAUUUGGGAAACAGAGUAACAUUAUCAGAAGUGACAGAACAGAAACACACAUUAACAGGAUCCGCUGUGAAUUUAUGGAUGCUUGUUGCUUUUUUUCGGUCCUAUGAACACCUCUCUUCCACUGGAGCAAACAGACCUUCUUUUGUGUCAUUGUUCAGGCAGAUAUUGCCUGUUGAAAGAAUAAAUACACCGAACUUUUUCUGAACAAGUUGGAGGAAUAGUCGAAGGCUUUUUAUGUGCAGACAAACAGAUGGGACAUGCCAACUUUUUCGAGAUCUCUCUGAGGGUGUCUGGCAUCAUGGACAGCAAACUGGAUCAAUGAGCCAGAGUUCCCUCUCAUCCUGAGCUGUCAGUUCAGAUGGUUCUGCAAACAUCUGAGAAUAUCGUCUUGUCAACAGAACGAGGCUGUUGAUCCUACAUUAACAAGAAGAGGUUCCCAGUAAGAGAUAUCUUCAGCCUCGCACUUUUCUGCACACCGUUCUGCCGUUUACAGCCAUGAUAUCAAAAUUCUUACGGAAUUGUUCAUCGUUGGUCCUGCUUUUCCCUCUUCUCCAACUGCUGCGGUUGGACAUGCUCAACGCUGCCCCCUCUGGUCCGGAGUCUGACACCUGCUCCACACUGGUCCAGAGCCGCUUCUUUGGAUUCUUCCUCUCGUCCUCGGUAUUUCCCAGCACGCCCUGCUCCUGGACCCUGCAGAACCCCGACCCAAGGCGCUACACCAUCUUCAUCAAGGUCACAAAACCAACCAGAGACUGCAUUCCCCGACAGCACCGGACCUUCCAGUUUGACUCCUUCUUGGAGACGACACGAACCUUCCUCGGGAUGGAGAGCUUCGAUGAGGUGGUGAAGUUGUGUGAUGCCUCUACCCACGUUGCCUUCCUGGAAGCCGGGAAACAAUUCCUGCAGAUCCGGAAAGGGCUGCCCAGAGCAGGCGCCGGGCCCAGGAAUGGCGAUGGGGAAUUUAAGGUGGAGUAUCUUGUGGUUGGGAAGCGUAACCCCAGCAUGGCUGCCUGUCAAAUGCUGUGCCAAUGGUUGGAGGACUGCCUGACCUACAGUACCUCCAACCGGCCCUGUGGCAUCAUGCAGACACCAUGCCAAUGUUGGGACCAGCCCCCACCGGACAAAGAAACCAGUGGAUGCUACCGGGACGGAGUCUACUUGGAGAACUGCAUCCCUGUUGUGAAAGAAGGAACAGCUGACACUGACACUAGCGGUGGCUGGAGUGGAUGGGGCAACUGGGCGGAGUGCAGUAGUGAAUGUGGAGGCGGAGUCCAGACGCGCACACGCACCUGUCAAUCACCACCUGAGGAGGCAUACCUGUGCGAGGGUGUUCUAGAAGAAGGUCGUCCCUGCAACUCUCAGCCGUGCAUCGGCUACAGGCAGUAUUCCUCUAAAGGCAAGGGUUUAAGUCCAGUGAAAUACAAGGAAAUGCAAGAGGCCAUGCUUGGCAGAGGCCGACUUGGCACUCGUAGCCAAUCCCUGCGCUCGGUGGACAGCCGUAAACGAGAGGACUCUGAUAAGACCCGCAGCGGACAGCAGUCUUCCCAAACAGUGGAUCCUCCGUCGGGUGGGGAGUGGUCUACGUGGAGCGUGUGUUCGACCACGUGCGGUGAGGGCUGGCAGAGCCGCACACGCCUAUGCGUCUCGGUGCCGUACAGCACGCAGUGCAGCGGGCCGCUGCGUGAACAGAGACCCUGCAAUAACACUGUUGUGUGUCCAGCCGCUCUAAUUACAGUGCACGGGUCGUGGGAUGAGUGGACUCCAUGGAGCUUGUGUUCUUCAACGUGCGGCCGUGGGUACAGGGACCGCACUCGCUCCUGCAAGCAGCCGCAGUUUGGAGGAAACCCCUGCGAUGGUCCAGAGAAACAGACCAAAUUCUGCAACAUUGCUGUAUGCCCAGUGGAUGGUGUGUGGAAUGAGUGGUCCAGCUGGAGUUACUGUUCCUCGUCCUGUUCAAAUGGAACAAUGCAGCGAACUCGGGAGUGUAACGGGCCCUCGUAUGGGGGUCUGGAGUGUCAGGGUGAGUGGCAUCAGACAAGAGACUGCUUCCUCCGAGAGUGUCCUGUGGAUGGCCAAUGGCAGCUCUGGAGCUCUUGGGCUGGUUGUACCAAGACAUGUGGUGGAGGAAGCCAGCAAAGACAGAGGGUGUGUUACGGUCCCUUUUUUGGGGGGGAGCCAUGCCCAGGGGACAGAGAGGAAGUUAGACGUUGCAAUGAGAAGAGAUGUCCAGAGCCGCAUGAGAUCUGUGAUGAUGAGAAUUUCUCUAACGUAGUUUGGAAGAAAACUCCUGCAGGGGACACUGCAGCUGUCCGCUGCCCUCCGAAUGCUGUAGGACUAAUUCUUCGGCGAUGUUCGUUGGAUGAUGAAGGCAUUGCAUACUGGGAGAACCCAACUUACAUUAAAUGCGUCUCAAAUGAUUACCGAAGUAUCCAAACAUUGACCAGAGAUCAUCUGUCCAAGGCUCAACGAGGGCUUGUGGGAGACGGGGUCUCUGAAGUCAUGACCAAGCUGAGGGUGACGUCAAGUGAUGGAACAAGCUACAGCGGAGACCUUCUGGCUAUCAUAGACGUACUGAAAAACAUGACAGAGAUAUUUAGGAGGUCCUACUACAGCCCCAGUAAUGCAGACAUGAGGAAUUUUGUGCAAUCAGUGAGUAACUUACUGAUGGAGGAAAACAGAGAGAGGUGGGAGGAAGCACAGCUGCUUGGGCCCAAUGUUAAGGAGCUUUUUCGUCUAGUGGAGGACUUUGUGGAUGUCAUCAGUCUCCGCAUGAAGGACUUCCAGGAUACUUAUGAGGUCACCGACAAUCUGGUGUUGAGUAUUCACAAGCGGCCUGUCGCAGGAAAUGCAGAUAUCACUUUCCCCAUGAAGGGGUGGAGGGGGAUGGUGGACUGGGCUCGCAACUCAGAGGACAAAGCCAGAGUGGCUAAAAACAUCCUGGUCACUGGAAAACCAGAUGAAGAUGACGCCUCAGCAUUUGUGACUGGUAUCGUACUGUAUAGAAACUUGGGCAGUAUUCUCUCUCUACAGAGAAAUAGCACAGUGCUGAACUCCAGGGUGAUCUCUGUGACAAUCAAACCCACUCCCAGCUCCCUCUCAACUCCACUAGAGAUAGAGUUCUCACACCUUUACAAUGGUACCACAAACCAAACCUGCAUUUCCUGGGAUGAGAAUGACAGCUCGUCGUUGCUGGGCUCCUGGUCUGCGCGAGGCUGUAGAGCCGUGCCCGUCGACUCCAGCACAACCAAAUGCUUGUGUGACAGACUCUCCACCUUCGCCAUUUUAGCACGCCUCAAUCCCGAUGUGAACAUGGAUAAAACCCAGCUUCCAUCUGUGACACUGAUCGUGGGCUGCGGGGUCUCUUCCCUCACCCUGCUCCUCCUCAUCAUCAUCUAUGUGUCUGUUUGGAGGUACAUCCGCUCAGAACGCUCUGUCAUCCUCAUCAACUUUUGUCUGUCCAUCAUCUCCUCCAAUGCACUCAUACUUAUCGGACAAACUCAGACACGGAACAAGGUUGUUUGUACUCUUGUGGCUGCAUUUCUGCACUUUUUCUUCCUGUCCUCUUUCUGUUGGGUUCUCACGGAGGCAUGGCAGUCUUACAUGGCUGUGACUGGCCGUCUUAGAAACCGCAUCAUACGCAAACGUUUCCUCUGCCUUGGUUGGGGUUUACCUGCUCUCGUUGUAGCAAUUUCUGUUGGAUUUACCAAGGCAAAGGGAUAUGGCACUGUUAACUAUUGCUGGCUGUCUCUGGAAGGCGGAUUGUUGUACGCAUUUGUGGGACCAGCUGCUGCUGUCGUCUUGGUUAACAUGGUUAUCGGGAUUCUGGUUUUUAACAAACUGGUGUCUAAAGAUGGCAUAACUGAUAUGAAACUCAAGGAGAGGGCCGGGGCGUCGCUGUGGAGCUCAUGCGUUGUACUGCCACUGCUGGCUCUCACUUGGAUGUCGGCGGUCCUAGCCAUCACUGACCGCCGUUCAGCCUUGUUUCAGAUCCUUUUUGCCGUCUUUGACUCCCUCGAGGGCUUCGUUAUUGUUAUGGUGCAUUGCAUCCUACGCAGAGAGGUACAAGAGGCAGUAAAGUGUCGUGUUGUUGACCGUCAAGAGGAUGGAAACGGUGACUCUAAUGGAUCUUUCCAGAACGGCCAUGCUCAGCUGAUGACCGACUUUGAAAAGGAUGUGGACAUGGCUUGUCGAUCAGGCACCCUAAAGCGUUCCUCCCAACAAGGUGAGGAGAAGGUAGCUUCACAGCAGAUCACGGUACAGAAAGGCUCCAACUUCAACACUCUUCCUGCCAGCAUGGCAAAGGUCCACCUGCAAAACGUCGCUGACUACGCCAGCCACACUCUCACCAUGCGCCGCGACAAAGGCGGCAUUGCCGGGGUCAGUACCGAGCUACCCGGAGCCAAAUCUAUUUACAUCUGUGACGGCGAGCUCUUCAAGCAACUGGAUGGAGCCCAGGGAGACAGCGGCGGUCCCGAAGGAGGAGGAGGUGGGUCGGGCCAGGGUUACGUUCUCUUGCCCAACAACAAUAACACCCUUAGGCCCACAAAGGGUGGCAAGGAUGACCAAGCCACCAAGUACAACAUCAGCAUCGAACAGUUACCCCAGACCAGGCUCAUCCACCUGGCCAACCCCGCUGGCACCGAUCCCGUGCCAGGGUUCGGGUUGAAGAGCCUGCCCACCGACCGAGUCAGCGUUUCCUGCUCAGAGAGGGACUCCCCGGUGCAGACAAUGCAGAACAUCUCCAGCGAGUCCCAGAUGGCAAACACGUGUGAGCAAGGGGACUCUGGGAACUCCGGAAUGAUGUCUAAGAGUGAGACCAUCUCAACACUGUCUAUGAGCUCUUUGGAGAGAAGAAAAUCACGCUAUGCAGAGCUGGACUUUGAGAAGAUCAUGCAUACACGGAAGCGCCACCAGGACAUGUUCCAGGACUUAAACAGGAAGCUGCAGCAUGCAGAGAAGGACAGAGAUUCUCCCCCAGUAGACGGGAAGACUGGGAAGAGAUGGAGCGUGUCGUCAGGAGGCAGCGAUAAAACCAAUCUUAGUGACAAGCAGCAGACCCCCAGUAAGCGGGCGUGGGAGGGCAUCAGGAAGAGCCACUCACCACCGUCAUGGUUGCGUAAGGAGCUGGAGCCUCUACAGGCCUCUCCUUUGGAAAUGCAAGUGGUGGAAUGGGAGAAGGCCAGCGCCACCAUCCCUCUGGUGGGCCAAGAGAUCAUGGACCUGCAGACGGAGGUUUGAGAGACCCCCAGAGAAUUC